AAUCGAUUGUAACGCAAGCAUUUCAUUUCAUUUGACAAAAGAGUUAAAUAGCACGCAAUUGGAGGAAUCUAGAGGGCAAUUAUGUCUGAUGCGGAGCUGGAACAGACGCCCAGCGUGGGCCACGUGGAGGAGCAGCACUUGGAAGAGGAGGAACAGCCGGCGGAGGAGCAAGCUGACGCGUACGUAGUAGGCGGUCCACCGAGGACGCCGGUCGAAGAUGCGGCGGCCGAAUUGAGCGCCAGUCUGGAUGUCAGCGGUUCGGACCAGUCGGCAGAGCAGUCGCUGGACCUCAGUGGUGCACAAGCGGAGGAGACAGUGGAGUCGGUGCCACCAACGAAGCGUUUGCAACGCGACAUCAGUCCCAUUUCCGAGGACAGCACUCCCACGAGCAGCACUUCCAACAGUUCCACCAGCACAUCGAGUUCCUCUCGCUACGACGAUAUCAGCGAGGCGGAGGAGGCGCCUCCAGAACAACAGGAGCAGCAGGUUCAGGAUCAGGAGCAGGUGAAUAUGCCGGAGCAGAAUCAGGUUCAGGGUCGCCAGAAAGAGCAGGAAGUGGGGGUGGACCAGGACAUAGACACCGAAGAUGACCCCUCUUCCAAUACUGUGAUCUGCGUGGCGGACAUCAACACCUAUGGCAGUGGUUCCAGUUCCUCGCGAUACGACAAUAUCAGCGAGGCGGAUGAUACUCCUCCAGAACAGGAACAGCAGGAGCAGGCUCAGAAUCAGGAGAAGGAGAAGAAUGCAGAGCAGGAUCGGGAUCUCCAACAAGAGCAGGAAUUGGAGGUUGACCAGGACAUAGACAACGACGAUAAGCCUUCUUCCAAUAAGAUGAUCAACCCGUAUGACAGUGGUUCCAACAUAAGCGACUACGUCAUGGAUCCCGAUGCGCCAACCAAGGCCAUUAUCACCGAGGUGGUCACCAUUCCUGCUCCUCUUCGUCUGAAGGGAGCACCACAACUGGGACUGCCGCCGCCACCACCGCCGCCGCCUGCUGAGGACGAGGUCCCCGAAACGCCCGCCUCGCCCACCGAUGAUUGCGAGGAACCACCAAGCGUUAGCCAGUCCAUCCAUAUGCGUGCUCGCUACCUGCGGGAGGGCUCCCAUCGGAACAUGUCACCUGCAACCACAGUUGGCAUGUCCUCCAAGCGCAUUUGCUAUUCGCGCGUUAGCUAUAUGGAGGAGGUCACUUACACUGAGCAGCAGAAGCAGGUCAGCCAACCACCCAGCCGCCAGGCGCCCCGCGAUCCCCGUCAGCGCUAUAUGCCACCUCCGGCCGUUUUGCCCAGCCAAACUGUACUAAGCGCCGAUGUCGAGGCCAUUUCCGAAGACGAAAGCGAGACGAGCAGCAGCGAGGAUGAUGAAGAGGAGGAGGAGGAGGACGAUGAUGAUGUGAUGACCAUGGACACGCACGACAGCACCUCCAGGGAGACGGUGAUAAGAACGGGCGGCGAUCCGCUGAUGCAGAAGAUCGACAUAAACGAGAAUCCAGAGAAGAUCUACUACAUUCGACGUGAUGAUGGUACCGUGCACGCCGGCCAGGUUCUGCAAUCACGAACUACGGAGAAUGCGGCCUCUCCGGAAGAGUAUUACGUGCACUAUGUGGGCCUGAAUCGCCGUCUGGAUGGCUGGGUGGGCCGUCACCGGAUCUCGGACAACGCGGAUGAUUUGGGCGGUAUUACUGUCCUGCCGGCGCCACCUUUGGCCCCCGAUCAGCCCAGUACCAGCCGGGAAAUGCUGGCCCAACAGGCGGCCGCGGCAGCAGCUGCCUCUUCCGCCGAGCGACAAAAGCGAGCGGGCAACAAGGAUUACUAUCUGUCCUAUUGCGAGAACAAUCGCUAUGACUACAGCGACCGGAAGAUGACACGUUACCAAAAAAGGCGCUACGAUGAGAUUAACCACGUGCAGAAGAGCCAUGCCGAGUUAACCGCCUCACAGGCGGCACUGGAGAAGGAGCACGAGUCUAUCACCAAGAUUAAGUAUAUUGACAAGCUGCAGUUUGGCAACUACGAGAUCGACACCUGGUACUUUAGUCCCUUCCCUGAGGAAUACGGCAAGGCAAGAACCUUGUAUGUCUGCGAAUACUGCCUGAAGUAUAUGCGAUUCCGCGAUAGCUACGCCUAUCAUCUGUACGAAUGCGAACGAAGGCGUCCACCCGGAAGGGAGAUAUACCGGAAGGGCAACAUAUCCAUCUACGAGGUGAAUGGCAAGGAGGAGUCACUAUACUGCCAGCUGCUCUGCCUGAUGGCCAAGCUCUUUUUGGACCACAAGGUCCUGUACUUCGACAUGGAUCCGUUCUUCUUUUACAUCCUCUGCGAGACUGACAAGGAGGGCAGCCACAUUGUGGGAUAUUUUUCCAAGGAGAAGAAGUCACUAGACAAUAACAAUGUGGCCUGCAUUCUCGUUUUGCCGCCGCAUCAGCGCAAGGGAUUCGGAAAGCUGCUAAUUGCCUUUAGCUAUGAGUUGUCACGCAAGGAGGGCGUUAUCGGGAGUCCGGAAAAGCCGCUUUCGGAUCUCGGAAGGCUGAGUUACCGCAGCUAUUGGGCGUACACCCUGUUGGAGCUCAUGAAAAACCGCUGCGCGCCGGAACAGGUCGCAAUUAAGGAGCUAAGCGAUAUGAGUGGUAUUACCCACGACGACAUCAUCUACACGCUGCAGUCCAUGAAGAUGAUCAAGUACUGGAAGGGGCAGAAUGUCAUAUGCGUUACUGCCAAAACCAUUCACGAUCAUCUCCAACUGCCGCAGUUCAAGCAGCCCAAGCUGACCAUCGACACCGAUUACCUCGUAUGGAGACCUCAUACUGCGGCGGCAGUUCCGGCCAGAGUUCCAGGCAGUUCCGGCUAGCAUACGGAACCACCGGACCCCGUCCUGCUAUCAUCGCAAAUUAUUGUUAUUGAUGAUGACGAUUAAGAAACUUUUUUUUUCAUAUUUCAUAAGGAAGCGUAGGAAUAGGCUGUUGUAACACUCCAAAAGUAUAAACUAUGGGGUCUAAUAUAUAUAUUUAUACUUAAAACUGAAUCACUGGAGAUUUCAUGCUUACAUUACAUUGUAUUUAAAUAUUUGAUAUCCAAUUCUAGUUGAUAGGGAAUCUUACGGAUAGGUUGUUGUAACCCUUAUUGUUUGAAGAAAAUGUAUAAACUCUGAUUUAAGCUUUAGUUUUUUGGAGUAGUGAUACUUUAGAGUUGAUCUAAAAGUAAGCAAUUUGAAAUGUAUUACUUCUAAAAUAUUUAUUUCAAUAUCCAUGUCCACUGCAAACGAAUUGAUUUUUAAAUGUUUAAAGCCUCCUUAGUCACAAUACGCUAAUCAAUUUAACUCGGAAAAAACCGUCGACCUUAAAAAUUUUUCUUUAAUGGAUAUCUAAAAAAAAACCAAGAAACUAAUAACAUGAAAUUUUUAAUUUUGUUUGAAGACAAAUAGUACAUUUCUGUGUCCUGUUUUACGUUUUUCGUUACAUUAACGUCGCAAAAAGAAAAGAAUACAUAUUACAUACUUAGAGACAGCCAGUCAUUUUAUUUUAUUAAUAUAUCUGUCCAAUAAAAACUCAAAAGAGAAACUGAACAUUUAA